CGAAAUCGAAAUCGAAAUCGGAGAACAUUCGAGAACCUUUGGAUUUGAAUCGCGAAGAUAUGGAAAAAACAGAAUCUGAAUCAGGAAAGGCGCGGAGAGUGGUGGUUAUCGGCGGCGGAAUCGCCGGCUCUUUAGCCUCCAAAUUUCUUCAAUUCGAUUCCGAUCUCACCCUCAUUGAUCCGAAGGAGUAUUUUGAGAUCAUUUGGGCAAGUUUAAGGUCAAUGGUGGAACCAUCUUUUGCUGAAAGAUCGGUGAUAAACCACAAGAAGUAUUUACAAAAUGGUCGUGUUGUGACUUCUCCAGCGGUUAAUAUAACAGACACCGAUGUUGUGACCGCGGAUGGGCUUGUCUUUGGGUAUGAUUAUCUUGUCAUUGCUACGGGUCACAAUGAUGUGCUUCCUAAAACUAGGCAAGAGAAGUUAUCUCAAUACCAAGCGGAAUAUGAGAAGAUCAAGUCGUCUGAAUCGAUUCUGAUUGUUGGUGGAGGUCCGUCGGGUGUGGAGCUUGCUGCGGAAAUAUCUGUAGAUUUUCCAGAGAAGAAGGUUACUAUAGUACACAAUGGACCGAGAUUGCUGGAAUUUGUUGGUCAAAAAGCUGCGGACAAGGCAUUUGACUGGAUGAAAUCGAAGAGAGUUGAAGUGAUAUUGAACCAAAGGGUGGAUUUGAGUUCAGCUUCGGACGGGAAUAAAACAUACCGAACAUCAGGUGGAGAGACGAUACACGCAGAUUGCCACUUCCUCUGCACUGGAAAACCUUUGUCUUCAGAAUGGUUAAAAGGAACUGUUUUGAAAGAUAACUUGGAUGGCAAAGGAAGGCUUAUGGUCGAUGAGUACUUGAGAGUUAAGGGUCGCAAGAAUGUAUUCGCAAUUGGUGAUAUUACUGAUGUCCCGGAGAUGAAACAAGGCUACAUUGCUGAAAAACACGCCUCUGUAGCUACAAAGAACAUAAAGUUGUUGAUGUCUGGUGGGAACGAGAAGAAGAUGUCGACUUACAAGCCUGGUCCGGACAUUGCCAUAAUAUCUUUAGGAAGAAAGGACUCGGUUGCUCAGUUCCCAUUCAUGACAGUCUCGGGUUGCAUACCUGGUUUGAUCAAAUCUAAGGAUCUGUUUGUGGGGAAGACGAGGAAGGCAAGAGGGCUGGAUCCUAAUAUUGUGGACCCUUGAAAGAUUGUGUUUAUCAGUUCUCAGUUUCUGCAUGAUGAGAUUCUUGUUGACGCUUUGGUCUUCGUUGUAAUAUACUGAAUUGUUAUUUUGUUGUGUAUCUUAAUUUGGCCACACUAGUAAAAAAUUAUCUGGUAC